UGCCAACGAGCAGCCAUAAGAUUAGCAUUGCCUACGUUAUAUAAGGCGCGGGCACAGCGGCAGCAAGAGAAACAAACCGUACUGCUGAACUGGCCAGUAGAAGGGAUACAAGUUGGAUACUGGGACUGUUCCAAUGGAUACAGAAAUCACACAAAGAGUCACACAGAGCCACACCAAGGAACAGACACAACUGGAUGGAAUCCCUGAUGCCCUUUCAUACAAGUCAUGUGCCAGUUGAAGCGCUGCUGUUGGAAAUACAAUGGGCCCUGGGCACAAGUAGCGGGCAGGCCUGCUCAAAUACAAACAAGAGGAACUGAGUAGGAAAUGUUAUAAAUAUCCAGGAACCUCACAGGAGGCCUUCAAACAAGAGACUUGAGAGUUGACCUACAGAAAAACUUCACAGAGACGUUCCUCUUGGCUAUGGCACCGUUACGUAUCCAGAAAACUUACUUUCCAGGCAUGCGCAGUUGGAGCUAGUCUGGGAUUAGCGCCGACUGCCAAUGUGCCAGAAGGCUCCAUCCGUCUGCGAAGGGAAAGAAGAGGAUCUGCGCCAGAAGGCUCCAUCCGUCUGCGAAGGGAAAGAAGAGGAUCUGCGCCAGAAGGCUCCAUCCGUCUGCGAAGGGAAAGAAGAGGAUCUGCGCCAGAAGGCUCCAUCCGUCUGCGAAGGGAAAGAAGAGGAUCUGCGCCAGAAGGCUCCAUCCGUCUGCGAAGGGAAAGAAGAGGAUCUGCGCCAGAAGGCUCCAUCCGUCUGCGAAGGGAAAGAAGAGGAUCUGCGCCAGAAGGCUCCAUCCGUCUGCGAAGGGAAAGAAGAGGAUCUGCGCCAGAAGGCUCCAUCCGUCUGCGAAGGGAAAGAAGAGGAUCUGCGCCAGAAGGCUCCAUCCGUCUGCGAAGGGAAAGAAGAGGAUCUGCGCCAGAAGGCUCCAUCCGUCUGCGAAGGGAAAGAAGAGGAUCUGCGCCAGAAGGCUCCAUCCGUCUGCGAAGGGAAAGAAGAGGAUCUGCGCCAGAAGGCUCCAUCCGUCUGCGAAGGGAAAGAAGAGGAUCUGCGCCAGAAGGCUCCAUCCGUCUGCGAAGGGAAAGAAGAGGAUCUGAAGAUCCAGAUUGCCUGUGGGGGGUUUAGUUCCCCUUUAAUGUAAAUAAUAUGUUACAAUUUUGUAUAUUCUUUUGUGCAAUGUUUAACUUUCAAUAAAAAAAUCAUACUAAAGAAA